AUGGCAGAACACAACAUAUCCUAUCCUGAAACUGCACAUGUGACAGUGCACAAGCUCCACAAGGCGGAGACUAUCGAGCCAUCGCAGGAGAUAUACACAUACCAGCCCCCAGCUCAACAGAGUCGUUCCGCGCGUCGACCAUGCUGGAAGCCUCGGAAAGGGCGAAAAAGGAUGAUAGUAAUCGCACUUGUUGUGACGCUAGUUACCUUCUUCUUGAGCUUGAUAGCAGGACCUACUCUAGGCUACAUUUACAGCCAGUAUCCUGACUAUGGGCACAUUGACUAUGUCCUGGUGGAUGAGUUCAGCAGACAUCCCUUCUUUGACAAUUUCUGGUACUUUACGGACGAGGACCCUACCCUGGGAUUUGUCGAGUAUGUCAACCAAACCACGGCUGAAACCAUGAGCUUGACUCAGGCCACGGAAUCUUCUGUGAUUAUCAGGGUGGACAACAAGACCAGUCACGCACCACGGGGGCGAAAGUCCGUCCGCCUUGAGUCUCGAAAAACGUAUCAUAGCGGUUUGUUUCUCUUUGACAUCAUCCAUACCCCCUAUGGCUGCGGAACGUGGCCUGCACUAUGGCUGGCAGAUACAUACAACUGGCCGCUGAACGGGGAGAUUGAUGUGCUGGAGACAACGAAUGGGGGAACGGAGGGGAACACGGUCACGCUGCACACUACCCAGGGCUGCAGCGUCAAGGGACGGCGCAAGCAGACGGGAAAGGCGCUGCACUCGACGUGCGACGAUCAGCACGGCACGGUGGGAUGCGAUGUGCAAGCUCCACCGGCUACAUAUGGCCCGGAGUUCAAUGAGAAUGGCGGAGGUGUCUAUGCGGUUGAAUUGCAACACGCAGGGAUUCGGGUCUGGAUGUUCCCUCGUUCCUCUAUACCAGAGGACCUUGUGAAACCCCACUACAGUCCUGACCCGUCCAGCUGGGGGACUCCCCUCGCCGACUUCCCCAGUACUAAUUGCUUCACGCCUCAGUACUUCCGAAACCAGAGUAUCAUCAUCAACAUCGAUCUGUGCGGUGAGAUGGGCGCCCAGCCCGAGGUGUAUUCGGAUUUGUACAACUGCCCAGCGACGUGCGAGGAGUAUGUUUCCGGCAACGCGCGGGAAUUCUCAGAGGCGUACUGGGAGUUUGGGUGGUUCCGUGUCUAUCAAAGCAGAUGA